AUGGGUUUUGGAGACAUUCUACAGACCAUUGGCGAAUUUGGAAUUUUCCAGAAACUCAUUGUUUUCGGAUUAUCUAUUCCAAAUGUGUUACUUUCUCUUUCUAUGUGCAGUUUUCUCUUUAUUCAGUCAGAUCCAGCUCGUCAUUGCAACACAGACUGGAUUCUCAAGGUUGCUCCCAACCUUACCUUGGAUGAACAGCUAAACCUAACCAUUCCCUUGGAGAAGAAUGGUUCUUUCAGCAAGUGUCGCAUGUUUGUUCCAGUGGAAUCUGAUAUCGAAACUAUUAGGGAGUAUGGGCUCAAUAGGACCUCAGCGUGCCAGAAUGGUUGGGUCUACUAUGACACAAUGUAUGAAGCCACAAUAGUCACUGAUUUUGAUCUUGUUUGUGAGAAGGCUUACAUCCCUGCUCUUGUGAAAACAGUCUUUAUGACUGGUGUACUUGUUGGCUCUGUCAUCUUUGGGCUUCUUGUUGAAUCAUUUGGUCGUCAAAGAACCACACAGAUUCCAAUUUUGGUCCUGCUGAUAGGCAAUCUUGUUACUGGUGCAUCUCCAAAUAUCUAUGUCUACAUUGUGACGCAGUUCCUGGUUGCAGUUGCCCGUGCGGGUUAUAGGAUAAACUCUACUAUAUUAGCUACAGAGUGGAUAGGGGCCACCAAAAGAUCAUUUGCCACAUGUUUAGGCCAAAUGUUGGGUGCUUUGGGGCUAUGUGCCAUGGCUGGACUGGUCUAUGCAAUUCGUAAUUGGAGAACAACACAGUAUGUUAUUGCAGCAAUGUAUUCUGUUGUUGCCCUCUACAUGUGGUGGAUACCUGAAUCGGCGAGGUGGUUGUUGAGUCAAGGAAGAUUCGAGGAAGCAAAGAAGUUGGUCAAAAAAGUCGCAGUCAUAAAUAAACACAAAAUCCCAGAAAAAUUACUGGACUGUAUGAUAAAGGAACAUGAGACUAAGGACAUUGAAAGUGGAGCAAUGAAAAUACUUUUUUCAUCACCUAAAUUGCUGAAACUUUUUUUCAUGAUAUCCUUUGUAUGGUCUGCAGUAGCUGUAGCCUAUUUUUGUCUUAUUCUCAACGUGGCUCGGUUCGGUUUAAGCAUCUUCCUGGUUCAAUUCCUGUUUGGUGUAUCGGAAAUUCCAGGACACCUCAUCUGCAUCUAUUUUUUGGAAUUAUUGGGGAGAAAAAUUUCCCUGAUUUUAUCUGCUCUGACAGGUGGAUUUUUUUGCCUCUUAAUUCUGGCUUUAUCACAAGACAAUGCUGUUGGUUUGACUGCUCUUGCUACUACAGGGAAGUUUUUCUUAAACUGGGCUGUUUCAGUAUGUAUGAUAUACUCUAUGGAGCUGUUUCCCACUUCGGUCAGGCAAACAGCUGUUGGCUUGGCAUGCAUAGUGACACGAAUAGCUGCACUCUUUUCACCACCAAUAAACAUGUUGGCUUCCUACGGCUGGUCCAUACCCUUCAUCAUCUUUGGCACCCCGCCAGUGCUAAGUGGCGCUUUGGGGUUUUUAUUUCCUGAAACAAGGAAUAGAGAAUUGCCUGAUUCUCUCAUUGAUGCCGAAGUCAAUGGGUAA